AUGCAGGAAAAUCGCGCACGGUAUGACCAGACUCGAUCGCCCUAUACGACUCCUCCCAUGGACAAACCUUUGUAUUCUAUGUUCACCGGGGAAGACGCAAAGCGGAACUCCCACGCACUUCUGGAGGGCCGCCUUCCCAUGCCGGAGGGGAUCGAUCCUUACACUAAGUCAUUCUUGGAGCAGUGCCGUUUCCAUCAAGGGCACUCUAUGAUCCCGAUGGAAGUGUCGCCGGCCGACCAUACUUACUUCUGGUCCCGUAAUCCAGAGAAUAAGGGCUCGGAACCGCAUGGGCUUCAUAACGGUCAUUUCAAGGCUGGGAUUUAUUCCCCCAUGGUGGCCCAAUGCGACGCUCUCUUCCGCCACAUACCCUUGACAACUGGGUUUGUCCCUGACAACUGGCGGCAUCUGAUGAAUUUCGCCAUUGAAAAGAAGCCAGGCGACUUUCGGCUGACGAAAAUGCGUACGAUUCAGCUCAUGAAUUCUGAAUCCCAAGCGAACUACAAGAAACUGGGCCGCCUGGCUAUGGCCUACGGCAAAGAACAUCACCUCUUGGCCGAUGGACAGUGCGGGUCUAGAAAGCACCAUCAAGCGAUUGAUCUUGCCCUGUCUAAACGUCUUGUGUGGGACCUUCUGAUUCUUCAUCGCCGCUCUGCGGGUUGGAUUUCAAAUGACGCAAAGUCGUGUUUUGAUCGGGUCGUCCAUUGGGUUGCGGUGUUAGCUAUGAUGCCCCUGGCGAUUACUUGGAAUGCGUUGCGCAUGAUGUUUGACACUCUUGCAACGUCCACACACCGAGUGCGGACAGGCUUUGGUGACUCUGAAGAGAGCUUUCAUCCCCCUUCCAUGGUACCAUUUCAGGGUUGCGGCCAGGGCAACGGAGCGGGCCCGCCCAUUUGGGUCUCCGUUAGCUCCGUCAUCAUCCAGAUGAUGACCGCGAUGGGCUUCGGCUUCGAAUGUCUCACCGCGAUUGAUUCUCAACUGAUCACCGCCCAGUGCUUCUGCUUCGUCGACGACACGGAUGUGAUCAAAGCGGGCAAGUCCGUGGAACAAUCUGGCGAGGAUAUAUGCCACUCCGUCCAACAAGCGGCUUCCACGUGGGCUGGAGGCAUUAGUGCUACUGGAGGGGCAAUUAAUCCAGAAAAGUCCUUUUGGUGGUUGAUUGACUUUGUGUGGGACCCCAGAGAGGGCAAAUGGAGGUUUCGCCGGACACACCAACUCCUACCGGAUCAUCCAUUACAAAUACCGGGACUGACUGGCCAAUUGGAAGCCUUACGCCGUCUGGAGCCGGAUGAGGCAGAGAAAACUUUGGGGGUCAUGUUGGCCCCAUUGGAAGACCAACAUGCUCACAUCGUCCAUCUCGAGAGUAUCGCCAAAAAGUGGGCUGAGCAAGUGCGAUCGGGGCAUCUACACAAAUACGAUGUCAUCCCCCUUAUCAAGACAACAGUGAUGAAAUCCCUGGAAUAUCCUAUGGUGUUAACUACACUGGAUGCGGCGACAUGGGUAUCAAUUAUGAGUCCUGUUCUCCAAGACUAUAGCAACACGGCAAUUUUGGCGUCAGAUACUUGGCUCAAAAGAGUCUGGAAAGAGUUGGAGGACUUGGAUAUCUAUGUUGCCCUUGACUCUCCUGUCCCCCCUUUCCGGUGCAAAGGCGAUGCCUUGCUAAUUGAGGUACUCAUGGAGUUGGAAGUGGAUCAGGACGCUCUAAAGUGGCUCAACUGGUGCCGUAUGUUCCUCCAAGUUUGCACCGUCUCCGACAUUGUGACGGCGGAUGGCCUCAGCAUACGAGAGUCCAUGUGGCAUGGGGAACGUGACUACGCUCAUCGGUCGUCAUAUCAAUGGCCUUGCACUGUCCGGCCUAACAGGAACCACUGGAAGGUGUGGCAGGAACACCUUACCCGAGCACUACUUGUCUCUGACGGACCCCAGCGCCUACUGCGUCAUCCUCUGGGCCCAUGGAUCGAUCCCCUCAACAACUGGAACUGGUUAUGGUCUUCUACCCACGGAUUGUUCCACCGCCAGGGCCACGGGUGGCAGCGCUACCGUCCCCGUAGCUCCUCCACACGGAGCAUUCAAUGGGACUAUCCUCGUUCUACGCAAUUGUCCGGGUGCAAACGACCACAUAACGAGCAUACCGACAACGGCGUCAGCUUCUUGCCAGCCCCCUUAUGGAACCAACCACUCCCUGCUGGCUUGUGCCGAGCUACCGUCCACAUUACGCCUUCGCUAGGUUCUCUAGCCCUCACCGGCAUUGGGACAGUACCGCUGCAGCCGCAUCACGACUCUCACCCGUCCUUGCUGGCCGCCUGGAUGGCCGCCUCAGCCAGGGUGACCAAGUAUGUUGGCUGGACCCCUGAAGAAAUUGAGAUCGAUGGCGACGAAAGCCUCCUUGCUGAAGCCCUACUCGAAGACCGGUUGUGUGUGAUCAGCGACGGUUCUUAUAAGCUUGGUCUGGGCACGGCAGCGGUUCAACUGCUUCCACGUAAGGGUGGCACGGAACGUAUUAUCGUAAGAUGCCAGACUCCAGGUCGAACUGACGACCAGAGCGCGUACCGGAGUGAACUGAUUGGCCUACUGGCCGGUAUCAUGGUUGUUGAUUGGCUCCUCGACCAGUGGGCCCCAACACUUCGAUCACCACCCCGUGUUAGGAUUGCGUGCGAUGGAUUUUCGGCGUUGCUCAACACCUUUGGUGACAAUCGAGUUACACCUCAACAAGCCCAGUUUGACCUGGUUUCCUCUAUCCGGGAGGCACUUGCCCGCUCUAGGGCCUUGUGGGAACCUAGCCACGUGUACGGUCACCUCGAUACGGCGACAUCCUUUUCGUGCCUCUCUUGGUGGUCUAAACGGAAUGUGGAAGUGGAUGCGUGGGCGGUUGCCUAUCGCCACCAGCUUGAGGCU